CUUACAAUAUACAUGCCCUUUAUGCACCAGAUCAAACACAUUAUUAAUAAAGUUUUAAAAAAACUUUUUAUAUAUCCACCAUGUGGAUGUAACUCAGUUUGCAUUGGCAUCCUGUUACGCAUGUUUUUGGAUAAAUUUAAUGCACGUGCACCCGUGAACCUCUUAUGAGGGCCAGAACACAACGACAACAGAGUAAGAUGGGCGACGACAAGUAGGGCAGGCAUAUUCUAUUCUUCAUAACGCACGAUAUGAUUUCCUGAUGUAGGCCCUACUGCUGCUUUAUGCUUCACCUGGUGGCACUAGUUCUGGUGCAACCUUACAAUAUUAGACAACACUCUGCAAUCGCGGAUGAUAUGGUGUUCUGAUUCACAGUGUGCGAGCGAGGGGGCUUAACAAAGAGGGUCAUUAUCUUUCAUUAUUGCUUUCCUUGCUACAAUGGCGCAAGGGAAGCUAAUAUCACGGAGUUGCGACUCAAAGUGUCGGUAUACAAAUAAGUAAAUGACAUAAGCGCAACAACCGGCAAUGACAUACAUUUCCUGUGAAAAGAAGUAUGCAAAAUGUAAUGAGAACAAAAAUUUCUCCGCAUCCCUUCACCACCGCCCUACCCCUGCAAGACACAGUCAUACGGUCACGUUAGUCACAAGAUCCGUAGGCGUUACUCGCUGACAAGUCUUAUCAGCCGGUUCUAAAAAUUAGGAUCCGUAACUUAAAUCCGCACAUUGUGUGUUCACUGUGUGCAGGUUACUUCAUGGAUGCUACGACCAUAAGAGAAUGCUUACACACUUUUUGCAAGAGCUGUAUUGUGAAAUAUCUUCAGUCCAGUAAAAACUGCCCUCAGUGUGGCAUCAAAAUUCAUGAAACACAGCCCCUUUCAGGUCUCAAAGCAGAUAAUGUGAUGCAAGACAUAGUCUACAAAUUGGUGACUAAUUUAUUUGAAAAUGAAGAAAAAAGGAAAGAAGAAUUCUGUAAGUCUAGAGGAAUAAACGUUGCCAAAGAGCUGAAUGAAGCUGAUCAAAAUGUUCCAUUAACCAGUGUUUAUGAUAGCCCAACUGGCCACCACUAUAGUAACGAUGAACUGGUGUCAUUGUGCCUUGAGAGAGACAGUUUACUGCUUCCACUGCAAAACAUAAAUGGGCAACCAGUUCACAUCCCACCCUUGGACAGAAAGUUCAUCAGAUGUUCCACACGUACCAGGAUAGCACAUGUUAAGAAACUCCUUAGGAAAAAGCUGGUGUUGUCUCAGUCUCUCAAGCUUACCAUAUCAUGUAGUGAGGCCAGUGGUUUAGAUGACAAUUGGAAUCUUAAACAGAUUUGGCUGCAGCAUUGGUUAGACAAGGACCCACCCUUAAUAUUGUAUUAUGCCAUCUCUAGUUCUUGACACCCGUCAGUCAGAUGAGAAUCAGAAACCCGGUUAACUUAUCAGUCAGGGCCCCGUAACUCAAAAGCAUUUGCAUUGCGACCAAGCACAAGCAUCUCAAUUCCAUAACUCGCCCAUACUCACCCCAUAUAAUACAUUGUAGCCUCUAUGUGAUAUCGCUAUUCGCAAUACCUGAUGCUUUCAAGUUAUGGAGCCCUGGUCUACAAGCACAAGGAAGCUUUAUAUAAUAAAAGGAAAGUGCUGUUAAGUCCAAAUUCAUGUUGAAAACAUUCCAGCCAUUGAUAACUUCUAAAUGUUCUCACUGUGAGGAUAUUAGCACUGGUUACAGGCUUUAGAAAUGAAGUCCAGAAUGUGCAAUCUUAGUGCCAUUAUUAAAGUUCAUGAAAAAAGGUCAGACUAUCAAAAUGAUGACGUGCUUUCAUCAAUGGUUCCACCUCAGUUGAACAAUUGCUUUACAAGACUUGCAAGUUGAUAUUUCAGUUUUCAGCUCACAUAACAUGUAAGGUGACUCCCAGACAUGCACACUAAUAAAAAAUAACAUCUAUCCUCAAAGGGCUUUUUAUAUUGUUUA